CUGUUGAUUUUACUUAGUAUUUUGAGGACUAACGAUAGAUUUGGCAAUUUUUUUGCCUCGUCAUUUAUCAAUCUUCUAGGAAUUCAGUGAAAGAAGUAAAGCAACAACGAAAAUGCAAGUUUGUCAUAUACGAAGAAGCAGCAGAGCAGUGAUGACACUGUUUCAACGAGGGAUCAACAUGUCGUCCGACCAAAGCUUGAGAAAACUGUCAUCGUUGCCCAUGUCUAAGAAUAGCCUCGGUCUCACUGGCAGUAAGCAGAUGGCUGCUGGCACUGGCAGACAGCUCGGCAGUGACCUUUCUUCUCGCCAAAAUAGCAAAAGAUGGUUUUGUGAUAAAACCAAUAAAGAUAUUGAAGUUGACGGAAAAACUAGCAGAACCCCAGAGAAAGUACAGCAAGUUGCAAGCAAUCAACAGCAUGAACACUUUAAUGCUAGAGUUGCAUCUGGUUUUGAUAAGCGUCUCCUCGUUUACUUUGGAAAGUAUAAGAAUGUAGGAGAAGUGCCAGAACUUGUCUCUGUUCACCUGUUGAAUUCCACAAGGAACAAGUUCCGUGUGUAUACCAACAUCUUCAUCGGAUUCCUGACCAUGUUUGGCUGCGGGCUCAUGAUCUAUCGAGGCCAUCGAAGAGCAGGCACGGGUGAAACCUUAGCGGACCACAACAUGCGUCGACACCCGCAACACUACAAACUGCAAGAGAACAAAGACUGAGUAGGUUGACUUCUGUUUAAAACUGCCCAAAAGGUUCAAGAGCUCUUAGUCUUGCCCAGUUAUGAGCAAAAGAUGAAAUGCUUUUACCUUUAUUUGAAGUGACGUAACCAGGGGGAAAAGGGCGCCUCUUUCCAGAACACUGCAUAAAUGGCUAAAUUUCCACUUCAUAAAAUAUUACAAAGAAAGAAAAUCCUGAAAGUUUGAUCUGAUUAACAAGCGUCACAAAAGGCCAUCAGUUAGCAUCAGAUUUCAGAAGGAGGUGCAGUCUUACCCCAUGCCCUGGGCAAUGCUUUUAUAGUAUUCCACUUAAUAAAGGGCAGGCAAAUCAUGAUUUGGCAGCUGUUUACA